UGUCAAAAUUUUGUGUGUUGCUCUUACGCCCUAUCGAAAAUGCGUCAAUCCAUUCCGAUCUAUUCCAGACGCUAUUGGGUGGCCUUGAGGCCUGGCCUCCACCACCUGCACCACUUCCCACAGCCAGUGCCACAGACGCGUCAGAAUUUCUGGAAUUGCCGACAGGCGGAGACUGAAGAGCAAGGCCAGCGGAACAACCAAUCACAGUCACAGUCCAUUGGGUCAGUCGAAUUCAGACAGACUUCUUUUGCAGCGCCUGGGUCUGUGUCCGCGGCAGCUGACGAUGAUCCAGGGAGACGAGUGGAGUUGUUUAUGCGACGAUGCUAUAUGUCGGCUGGGAUGAUGGUGGCCGUCGCAUCCUGGCAGUGGAUGAUCAUGUCGCUAACGCUAACGCCGAAUGUCAACUAUGUGUUGGCCGGAUUUCUCUGCCUGCUGGUGGCCUUUCUUACGCUCUUCGUGCUAAGCAUUUUUGUGCGGCUGCGGAAGAACUUCUGGUUCAGUUGGACCCUGGCAUCGAUAUUCGUGGUGCUGACCGCGAUGGGUGUGAGCCUGCUUCUGGUAAAGCUUACCCUGACGACCGUUAACCUGACACUUAUUGUCUCCUUGACGCUGCUCGUGUUUUGCUACUCGCUGGGCGCCUGGGUGCCAAUGUCCCUACUGCCCGGAGAGUUCACGAUGUGCAUAUGCCUGAUCGCUUUCUCGGUGUCAAGCAUCAUUGUGACUUGGCUGUACAUAGCCUUUGAUAGUCCUGUAUAUCAUUCUAUAUACUUUUCGUUGUUGUGUGCGAUACUAGUACCCGCAUCCGUGUACAAUGCAGAGAUCGUUCAUGGCAGACGCUACUAUAUGCCGCCACAUGAGUUUGUGUAUUGUGCCAUUUCGGUUUAUGUCCAUGCCAUAAUGUUCUUUGUGUCUAUGUAUUUUCUUAUGUAUCCACAUGAUAUGCGUCCAUAUCAGCAUGACCAUAUCUACUAGAUUGCCGAAUCUGGAUCAGAUCGGAU